CAUUAUAUCUUGGACCGUAUAGAGGCUCUGCUGUCAUGUUGAGAGCAAUUUUCGUGUGCUAUUAUUUGACAGCCUUUACACUGGCCAGCAGCUUGAGUAGCUAUCAAGUUGAUCACCUGAAACGCUUCAGCAGAUCGCUGAUAUUUCCAGCUACCGCCCCGACGCGUGUCCAGUUCAUUGGCGGCAUCGGCAUCCCAGUGGAAGAUUUGCAUUUCGAGUCGGUCACCUCGGGCUAUGUGCUGAAGACGGAAUACUUUCUGCCCACCAAUGCGGACGAGAUCACCAGAGUCUACAUGAAGCCGCAGCCCAUAACGGCCAGAAAGAAUAUGGCAGCUAUGGAAGAGCCACCCAACAUGGCUUUCAUGUAUCGCUGGGUCAUCUAUCGUGGCAUCGAGAUGGUUUUACAGAACAUGAAUCUGCCGGGACGCAGCUGCCUGCUGCGCGUGAUCUGUGAGCACGCGGCGCUGCCUCUGAGCCACGAAAGUGGUUUGCUGGCUGAGCUGCUGCACAUUGUCCUGACUCCUUCCAGCUCCACGGAUCACUAUGCUCAGCACACCGAUCGCGAGUAUUUGGUGGCGGAACGUUUUGGCAAACGUGGCGCCAACUGUGCGGCUGCCUAUGGCCGCAAAUGUCCAAGUUCUCCCAUGCAACUGGUUACAGUGUUGCUGUAAGUUAAGAGCGGGUAA